AUGGCGUGCGUCGCCGCGGUGCGCCGCGACCUCCCGUCGUGCGAGACCGUGCCUCGCGUGCACGCGAGAGACCUCACCGCGGAGGAGUUCGCGCGGCGGUUCAUGCGCCCCAACCUCCCCGUCCUCAUCGCCGGCCUCACGGAAGAUUGGAAGUCGCGCGAUCAGUGGGUGACGACGACGGACAGAGCGGACAUGGACGCCAUGACCGCCGCGUUCGGGGACGCGGACGUCCUCGUCGUGGACUGCGACGAGCCCAUGGACACGGACCUGGGACGCGCGGAGGUGAAGUUCCGCGACUUCGCGCGAUGGUGGCGGUCGUCCCGACGCGGCGGCGUCGGCGACGAGAAAUCUGAUGAGAAGGACGGCGACGACGGCGACGGCAGCGACGACGACGCGCGCGAUGUGCACGAUGCGCGGCGUCUGUACCUGAAGGACUGGACGUUCGCGAGCGACUUCCCGGAGUACGGCGCGUACGAGACGCCGUCGCACUUCGAGGACGACUGGCUGAACGCGUAUUGGGAGCGUCGCGGCGCCGACGCCGACGCCGCCGCCGCCGACGCCGAGCGCGCGGAAUCGUCGCGCCGCGGCGGGACGCACAAGUUCGUCUACGCCGGCGUGAAGGGCACGACGACGCCGCUGCACGCGGACGUGAUGCGAUCGUUCUCGUGGUCGGUCAACGUCGUCGGCGAGAAGGAGUGGCUCCUCGUCCCGCCGUCGCGGUCCGAGCAUCUCUUCUCCGACGACGGUCGACGCCGGCUCCCCGCCGACCUCCGCGCCGCGAUGCGGCUCGACCCCUCCGACCCGUCGAACGCGCACCCUACCGCGCGCGACGCGAGGCCGCUGACCGUGCGCCAGCUCCCCGGCGACGCGCUGUUCGUCCCGAGCUUGUGGUAUCACCAGGUGGAGAACGCGACGGAUUGCGUCUCGAUCAAUCACAACUGGUUCAACGCGUCGAACGCGCGCACGUGCUGGGCCGCGCUGAAGGACGAGGUGACCGCGGUGAGAGACGGGCUGAGCGACGAGGACGAUCGCGCGGACGGGGUGCUGGUGCAGGAUCUGGUGCGGAGGAGGGCUGGCGUGGACGUCGUGGGGUUCGCGGGGAUGGUGUCGGACGCGGCGGGGCGGUUCGCGCGGCGGCUGACGCGCGCGGCGCGAGAGGAGGAGGAGGAGGGUGCCGAGGAGGGUGCCGAGGAGGGUGCCGAGGAGGGUGCCGAGGGCGGCGAUAGGAAGCGGCGGCGGCGGUGCGAAGAAGAUGAAGCGGCGAAGAAGAUGAACCGGCGCGCGGAGUACGACGUCCGGAGCCUCUCGGUCGCGGUGGACGUGCUGAAAGAGAUUCUGUCGUCGGACGACGCCGACGCCGACGCCGACGCCGACGCCGACGCGUCGGGCGGGUUCGGCGCCGUCGCCGUGAGCAUGUGGGAAGGCCGCGAGGAGGAGUUGCUCGAGACCCAGGCGGCCGUGGACGACGGCGAGGAGACGCUCUCGAGGCUGGGUAAGCGGAGCGGCGCCGGAGCCGCGGACGCCGUAGCGGCGAGGUAA